AUGUCGCACAUGCCAAAGUGGAUGUCCGAGCUUAUCGAGAAAGGGUCAAGCGUCACGGAGUGUUUAGAGAUGUGGCGUCAGGAGCAGGAGGCCAUGAGAGCUGAGAGAGAUCAAGCUAGAGCUGAACGAGAGACAGUAAGAGCAGAAAAGGAAGCUGAACGAGAGCUUGAGAAAGUAAGGUUAGCUCAUGAAAGAGAGGAGCGUCAGGCUAAGAGAGACAGGGAUAAGUGGGAGGCUGAGAAAGAGAUUAAGUUGAGAGAGUUAGCUCUUAAAGAGAAAGAGUUAGAGAAGAGUAAAACUGGUCCCUCCCCCCAGAGCAUUCACACCCCUAGUGUAAAGUUGCCUAAAUUUGAAGAAGGUCAAGACCCUGACGUUUUUCUAAAAUCUUUUGAGAAAAUAGCGGGGUUACAAAGUUUUUCUAAAAUCUUUUGA